AUGAAGUCCUAUACUAUAGUCGUUAAACUUGGUACAUCCUCCUUGGUGGAUGAAACCACUAGGGAGCCUAGGUUGGCCAACAUGUCAUUGUUAGUGGAGACAAUGGUCAAAUUACGUCGUCAGGGUCAUAAAAUCAUUAUCGUUUCUUCAGGAGCUAUUGCUGUUGGAAUGAGAGCUAUGGGGUUCAAAAAAAGACCAGACAAAUUAUCACAAGUCCAAGCCUUAGCCUCUAUUGGACAAGGAAUCUUGAUUGGGUUGUUCGACAACUUGUUCAGACAAUUAUCUCAACCAAUUUCCCAGAUCUUAAUCACCCGUAAUGAUAUCGUUGAUUUCACCCAAUAUAGAAAUGCUGUCAACACCAUUAACGAAGUCUUGGAGAUGGGUGUGAUUCCAAUUGUUAAUGAAAAUGAUACCUUGUCGGUUGCUGAAAUCAAAUUCGGUGAUAAUGAUACUUUAUCAGCUAUAACAGCAGGAAUGAUGCAUGCUGAUUAUUUAUUCUUAAUGACCGAUGUUGAAUGUUUAUAUACCUCCAACCCAAGAACGGAUCCCAACGCCAAACCCAUUGUCUUGGUCGAUAAAAUUGAUGAAUUAAGUGUGUCAACUGAAACUGGUGGGUCUUCCGUAGGAACUGGGGGUAUGACUACCAAAUUAAUUGCAGCUGAGUUAGCUAAUAGUGUAGGUGUAACUACCAUCAUAUCAUUGUCUUCCCAACCACAAUACAUUCUUGAUAUUGUUUCUGAUAUUCAAGAAUCAGAGUCUUUACCAGUAGAGGAACUGAGAAAGAGAUUAGAGACUAAGAUCGCCAAUAAUACUAUCCCUCGUCACACUCGAUUCUUGGGAUUACCAAGGAAAGCUAUGAUCAAGUCCGAUAAGAAGUUCUGGCUUUUACAUGGACUUAAAACCAAAGGGGAGAUCAUUGUUGACAAAGGAUGUUAUAAUGCUUUAACUAGAAAGAAUAGAGCCGGAUUGUUACCUGCGGGAAUAGUUGAUGUUAAAGGAACUUUCCAUGAAAGUGAAUGUGUUGCCAUCAAAUAUUUAGAAAGUGAAGAUGAAGAACCUAUUUUGGUGGGACAAUGCAGAGUUAAUUAUAGUUCCGUAGAAAUCUCCAUGUUGAAAGGAUGUAAAAGUAGCGACAUUGAAGAUAUUUUGGGUUAUGCUGAUUCUGAGUACAUUGCCCAUAGAGAUAACAUUGCAUUCCCACCUUUAGUUCCCCAUUAG